UGUGCUACGGACAAUGUGAUUCGAUCGAUUGACAAUAAAAGUCGGGUGAUGAUGGGAUGCCUAGAUGCAUCUUAAAUAUAAUUUGCAAAAUUAUGGCAACAGGUUCGAACUCACGCACAUUUCCAAACAUUCGAUGUAAGUGUUUAAACAGAGUUGUAAGUAGUUAACCACUUAGCGUCGCGAGUGUAAUUUGAAGAUGUUAAUGCCGCUGAUAUCGAUUUUACGAAUAAGGAUGCUGAGCCUUAGACACGUGUUUGUGUCCCUCUGUUCUUGUAGAAUCUUUCGAUUAUCCUUUAUUUUCCAACACUAUUGAUCUGUUAUGGGAUAAGUGAAGCUGCCCCCAUGUUGAAGAUACCUGCACGUUUUAAACAAUGUGACCUCAGUGUUUCCCUAGCGUUUGAUUAUUGUGACUGCAUUGUCAACAUGGGUACUCGAGCUGCUGCAUUUACAGCUAAAAUCCGCAGCCUCUAUGACUACCAACUCCGACUUAUGCAGGGUAUCCUACCGCCUCCAUCAGGAGUUGACAUAGCAAACACAAUAAAAUAUUUCUCACAAACUCUUUUAAGUGUUCUUAAAGAUGUUCCCAAUUCCCCUUUUGAACUUCUGAAAGAUCCAGAAAUGGAUGGAGUAAGGAUGGGUCUAUUUCCGAGUUUGGAUUACAAGGGUCUUUACAAUUCCAUAAUUCCCUUAAUCGAAGUAGCUCCCCUAAUCACCAACGGACUACAUGUAUUUGGCCAAGCAGUGCUUCAGUGCCUAGGGUGUCUACUACCCUUCCUAGAACACGAUUUAAUAGACAAUUUACCUUAUUUAACAGCAUCUACCAUCGCAGUUUUACCACCUAGUUUACAUCAGGACAUCAUUAACACCCUGUGCUACUACAUUCUUCCAUUUACUAUUACCCGUCACGAUCCAAAACAGGCUGACAUCUGUCAGUCGGUUUCAGCUGUAAUCAUGAUGAUAUUUCAGUACUCCUCAAAUCCCGCACAUCAUUGUCAACUAUUGGAAUGCCUCAUGACUCUAAAGCAGAACAUUCUGAAGGAUAUGCUGUGCGCUAUAGCUUAUGGCACCUCAGCGGCUCGUGCAUCAGCUGCCAAAUUGUUGUUUUACUACUGGCCCACUUUCAAUGCGAACUUGUUUGAUAGAAAAAAUUUAAUUUGCAAAUUUGCCGAUCCCACCCCGUUUGUAUGUCAAAGGGACGAAUGUCCAAACGCUGGAAACGCAGAAGCGGCGAAAGUGUGUUACGACCAUUGCAUAGCUAUCACUUUUUCAACGGACAUUCCUCCGCCAUUAUAUCUUUGUAUUGAAUGCGCCAAUGAAAUACAUAGAGAACAUCCCAAUCAGCGAUUUUUUGAUAUUUUACAUCCUAUGCAACAAGUGUCUAUGGUUUGCGAGAAUAAGAACUGUAGAUCGACCGAUAAAUCAGCAAUAUCUAUAUGUUUUUCAACCGAAUGUGCCUCUUAUAACGGUAACCACCCGAUAAGGUAUUGUGAACAAUGUCACAACAACAGGCAUAAUUCAAGGAGAGGUGGGGAUCAUAUCGUCCAUAAAGCCAUACCACCUACCUGGGAUAUGGAUCCAGAAAUGCAGACGUCUAUGGUUGAAGCCAUUGUUAGUUUGUUAAAAGAAGCGAAAGUCCCAGAAAACGAACAAAAGGAGGGGGACAAAAGGGACAUGGAAGAAAAAAACGAGAAAAAGGAUAGCAGAGAGGGAAGAGACAAGGACGGGAAAAGUCCAAUACCAGCAAUAGACAAUAUUAGCGUAGAAGAACGGCAACUUUUAGGAAGAUACGGUGUGUGGCUUUUAGUGGGAAGGUGUAGUCCCGAUGAGAAAACACAAGUUGAAGUAUUGGGAAGACUACUAGCUAUGAUAUUUCAUUGGUUUCACAUGACGGCUUAUUCUUAUGAUGGUCGGGACGAGAGCGCGUUAGAAAAAUUAAAAACCGGCGAUGUGUGCAGUUGGUUGCGUGUGAUAAGCAAAUCUCAUUAUGAUCUUUUUGUAUCGUGCCUUUUACCCCAUCCACCAGAAUACGCUAGGAUUGGAGGUCACUGGGAUACACUUGCAACAAGAACCACUCACUUAAAGGAGGGCUUAGAUCGUCUUUUUUGUCUUGUGCCUUACGACGUUAUUACGCAAGAAAUCUGGAAUUAUAUAAUGCCGCAUUGGAUGGAAGCUACCGUGAAUGGGGUUCCCGAUAAAGAACUCUCAGAAUUGAAAGUAAUACUUAGCAAAAUUUUGGAUACGGAAAUGAGCCCGUUGGGUUUUAACGCGAAGAAAAUGUACCAAUUCGUAGCAUUGAGAUUCGAUAAAACCAACGCCAAAGUACAAGAGCAAGCACUUAAGUGGCUGCAGACGCUUACGUCACUUGAAAUUACGACCCCAUUGCACCUGUUAUUUUCCAUAUUCGGUGAUGGUGUAAGUUUUAUGAAGGAGGGAGAAGGCGAGAGUGGAACCAUACCAAUACAACAACCGGCAGAUCUACCUCCAGCUACUUCAGGACCUAAACGAGAUUCUUUAUGUAUGUUAGGCUUCGAUCGAGAUAUCCUUCUGCAGGAUUUAAUCGUUUUAGCAAGAGAAGACAUCCGUCAGUGUGACGAUUCGGCAAAAACAUCUAUAUCUGACGAAGAAAACCCAGCCACCAAAACCCAAUUGGAAACGGAUGCGGAAAAUAACCUUUUCUGUUGCAUUUACAUGUUAGAUAUCCUGUUGAAACAGAUGGAACUACAAGAAAUAGAUAAACACACUGGUCUGAACUCCACCUUGUGUCGGAACGUUUGUCUGUUAUUAAAAAGUAUGGUAACAGCCGCGUGGAUCGGUUCCCACAAUUGCUCAUCGAAAACCGAAUGCAUUUACUGCGAAUGUAGUAUAAUGUGGCAUCAACUAGCGUAUGAAUUGAUCAUAUAUCUAUCACCCGUUACUCUAGCGCAUCCUCCGGACCCUCCUAUUGAAGCUGAGAACUCGGAUGACGUUCACAGUAGAAAAAGUCCACCCGAGAGUGAUAAAAAAGAGAAAUCAACAGACGUGGUUCUUAAUAUGCCGAUACCCGAAAUGCAUUCCGUCGGAGGUGUUUUGGUUCAUAUGCCCCACGUGUGUUCUAUUAUGACUGCUACCGUGGAAACUGUUUCGGAGCAGUUAGAUCUGGCUUCGAUUAUGCCAGCGGAAAAAGUAGUGUCGGCUGUUGCUAGAGCUAUUACACUGUCGGAAACGGAUAUCGUAGCCGCUACGGCAUCCGUGGCGAAGCCACAGCCGAUUGGUGAACACAAUGAAGCCACCGAAUCAGAUUCCGACGAAGGCAUGGAUUUUUGGCAAACCUCGCAGGGAAAAUUUAAAUUUUCAGUGGACGACUUGCCUGAGCCGAUACAAUAUAUUCACCAACUGCUUCACGAGCUAUCCAAAGUAACCAAACCUGACAUUUUAUAUUAUAUGUUGAAGUGCUUAAACGUGUUGAUCCUCUACGGUGAUGCUUGCACGAAAGCGUCUAAAGAACACAAAGGGUUUUUCAUUUGGUGCCAAGAGAAUCUUAUUAUCAAAAACUUAUGGAAUUUAUUAAAUUCCGAACACUCCCACAUAUGCCAGGAAGCGGUGCCUCUACUUCUUCAUUGCAUUACUUUACCUGCAGGCCCAGAUGUAUUCUGGAGAAUAAUUCAAGACGACUUCCACAACCAAGAUUGGAGAGUUAGGUUCACAGCUGUGGAAAGGGUUACAGUUUUGGCUCGAUUUAUGGCUGAAUGUCCGCUAAGAAGCCAAUUUCAGUUGCAAGCCGCAUUAGCUAACGCAUUUUGUUAUCUAAUUUCCAGUAUGGACGACAAUAAUGUUUACGUAGCUCAGAGGGCUACGCUCUAUCUGGGAACAAUACACGAUUUCGCAAUUAAGUCUCUCAUUAUGUGUUUGGAAACGCAAUUCGACUCAGUAAUUCUCGAUAGACCGAUGGUGUUACAAUCGGUUUAUCAAUUGCACAACUCUAUGAGUGAAAGAAAAAUUUUAAAUUGGGAUUUUUUCCUUAAUCGUUUUGAUACUUUAUUUGUCGAAGCCCAGAUUGCCUUAGAAAAAGUUGGUGAUAUUUCUUACAUUAGAGAUUUAAAAAAUUCAGACGUAAACAGUGAAGCCUUUGUAAGAAAAUUACAUAGAGCUCACGACGCUCUAUCCGGACUUAACGAAGGCAGUAUAGCGAGCUCUAUAAAAACGCUGAGCGCUAGUUUUGGAACAAAGUGGCCUUAUAAACGUACGAUGUCAGCUCCAGCGUCCAUCAUCCGCCAUCAAGAGAGCAAAUCAGUGUAUAUUCCUGAAGCCAAAGAAAAAGUAUACAGUCGUCAAUAUUCUGCGCCGAUUUUGAAAAGAAAAAGUUCACGUUUUGGAUUGGAUGGCCAUAUGCAUUCUCUGAAUGUCGUAGAUGAUCAAAAUUUAUCAACGUUCCUUCAAAGAAUAAUUGAUUUGGAAGAAGCUGAUAAGGAAACGAUGCAUCUUUUAAUAUUUCUUUUAAUGCAAUUCCUAUCAAGGUCUGAUCAGGCUUAUCCGACCGAAGAAAAAAGUUUGAAUAGGACGCAAACUAUUGUUCUCAAACAUCUUUGGUUAUUGUUAGGGUAUAGUCAAACGGAUCGAGGAAUUUAUCUUCCUCCGCAAAAUUUGAGGGCAUCGCCGGCAUUUAGUGUUUUUCUUUCGAAUUUACCGCAAUUGAUGGACCAAAACCAUCUCAUGGGACGCAUCAUUUUACCCACGUGCUUGAUUCUGUUGCAAUACGCCCCUUCUCCUUAUUAUAUACCUAGUGCUAUGGAAUUUCAGCAGCCUUUGUAUAGUCUAUGGGUACUAGAAUCGCAUUUCAGGAGGCACUGGCUUAUGUCGUUGGUAGUUCUUUUAUACAAGUAUCAAUAUAGUCAACAACCACAUUGUAUUCAACUGGCAGCACUAAUUCGUAUCGUCCUAAACACCUUAGAUUCGCAGCAUCACCAUUGCAGAAGAAUACCAGCAACCAUCAUAAUGGGUCAACAAGCACCAAGAUCCAGAGAUGUAAGUCAACCAUCUUUAGGUGCUGAUAUUGAUCAUCCUGAACGUACCACUCCUCCUUUGUCACCAAUGUAUUCUUCCGAUGGUCAAUCUAUUCAAGUCUCGUUAAGCUCUAGAGGUGGUAAGGUGCAAGUUUCAUAUACAAAACCAUCUUCUAUAACGAGUAUGGAAACGCAUUGGGAAGAAGUGAACCAAAUUGCUUCGGAUAAAAGAUGGGAUAGAGGUUUUAAGAAACAACCUGAUAAGUUGAGUCUGGACGAUGAUACUGAAUCGGAAUUAAUCCCGAUUCCGGAAAGCGAUAUAUCAGAUAGUACGCUCCACGGAAGUGUUCAAGAUUCUUUCGAAGAACCUUUAAGUGAUAAUUCUGGUCCAGGCAGCGGGAAACAGCUCAUAGAAAAGGUUAUGAUAAACCGUUCACCGAAGGAAAGUGUAAACAGUUUAAUUGAAAUGAAGAGAAUAUGCUCGACCAAAACGCGACCAACGUGGAUCAUAGGUAGCGAAGACGAUUCGAUAAAAUCAUGCGAUAAUAAAAUUCAAGAAAUGGGCAAAGCAAAAAUUGAUCACAACAAGAACUUCUCAAGAACAAGAUCGACCUCUUCCACCGCGUCGAUCAACUUAUCAAACGGAUCGACGUUGCUGCCAGCAAAAACAGUAACAACAGCGUCCCACAGGCACGUUACUUCAACAUCAAUGGAUACAGUUCAUAUAACGAAACCAACGCCUCUGGGAAGAUAUAAAAAAAUUAUCGAACCCAGUAUAACACCAGUAUGUACGCCAAUAUCAGACUGCGAUGACAACCCGAAAAAUAACCAGUGCAUUCUACCAACCCCCUCCCUCGAAAGACUGCUACCGAUAGGACCAAUAACAUCUCCAGAACAGGAUGAUGUUUUUUUGCCCUCAGAACCGCAACUGGAAAUUCCAAACCAAGAGAGACUGUUACCCAUUGGUCAACACACCAAAGAUAUAUCGCAAUUGGUGGAAAAAGUGAAGCAAGUUCUUAACAUAAAUCCUCAAUUGGGGAUCGUCAUGAGGAAAAGUGCAGCACACGCGGAGCAAAAUCAAAAACGCCAAGAACAUCAACCCAGUACUUCUCAAACUCACAGUCCUAGAAAGCUGAUUAAGCAAGUCGCAUUAGAAAGUCCUCCCAAUAUGUAUGACAACGAUGAUGGCGGAUUGGAGCAUUAUCUGAAAACUAUCAAAGUGGAAAACCAAAGAGACGUGAUUAUGAAUCACAGACAAAGAAUUAGGAAAGCUGGGCCGUUCUCUAUGAAUUCCUACCAAUCGCACAAUCCUAAACGACCCGGAACCUGGAUAAGUCCUCACGUGUCACCUAAAGCAGAAGUUAACUAUGAGGUCAAACAGAGUUCCUUCAGAAUAGGCGACGAGUGCAUGAGAGAAAGGUGCUCAGAGUGUGGAAUGGCCAGAGAAAUUUAUAGUGACGAAGAAAUUGGUCUUUGCAUUGUAGCCCUCGGGACUUUCAUACAUCGAGAACCCGGCAUAGCAGCCCCUCUUUUGCCAGAUAUUUUAAGCAUAGUAGCAAAAGUAGCAACAAAUACCUCUUACCCAUGGCAAAAAGAAAGCAAUAUCCACCUGCCUGGAGGGGCAGUAAGUGUAGCCCAUCAAUUUUUGAGAUGCGUUCUACACCAACUAGCACCCAAUGGUAUAUUUAUACAAAUGUUCCAAACCAAAGUACCAGAACAUAUAAGACUGCAAUUUUUUAAAAGCGUUAUACAGGCAUUGGUGGAUUUCAACGAGCUAAAUUCUAUCGCUCCCUUACAAAUUUUAUUAGAGACUCUUAAUUCGAAGAAAACCCUACCGAUCGAAAUAAUGCCCAUAAUUCUCCACAACAUGGCUUUGUAUUUAAAUUGCUUGCCUCUAGAAACGUCUUUGGGCUCUACGACGCCAAUGUGGGGCACUGUUUUGCAACAAUUGGAAAUACUUUACAGAAAACUUGUAUUUCUUUUGAACGUAUUGGAGGACGUAACACCGCUCCUUACGAUUAUGACUUGCAUAUUCAAAUUGCCGUUGAUAACACAAUUUAAGGCCAUUUUGGAACCGUUUUCGAAAAUGUUAAGUUACGCUAUUCAGUUUCAAAAUUUGAAGUAUAACGUACUAGCUGAAAUUUGUUAUUUAUGCAACAAAGCUUUUACGAAGGACAGGGAUAAAUUAAUUUUAAGUAGAAUGAUUGUUUUUGAAUUGGUUCAAGUGCUUAAAUUCAAGACGACAAUACCGGACUCCAAUCUACUCAUGCUGAUCAAUUUAAUUUUACAGGAUGUAGGUGGUGCCAUUCCGUCAAAUGUAGUAAUAAAAUCCUGUUCCUCCCCUUUGGCGAUCGAAUUUUGCCCCACUUACACCACCGGAAUAUCGGAAUGUAUGAAGAUGAAUUUAGGAGAUAUUUUAGAGUUUUUGUCAGACUUCCACACGAUCUCGAAAAUGAAGAGUUAUUGUAAAGGUGUCGGAGUAGGUCUUAAUGACGAUACUUUAGGAGGUAUUAUAAAAUGUAGUGUUGCCCAAUAUUUAGCGCUAGAAGUAACUAAAGGUAAUGGUAGAGACAAUAGAGCUGUCACAAGAUACUUCCCUUGGUUGUACAACACAUCGGCAACUCAGCAAACGCCUAGGGAAUUUAUAGAAUGCAUAGGCCACAUCAGACUUCUUUCCUGGUUAUUGUUGGGUUCUUUAACCCAUACCGCCUUACAGGGUUCAAAUAAUACGAGCUUGAUUUCGAGCCAACCCAUUCCCCAGGAAGCUUCGUGUCAAAUUGCGGAUAAUAUUCAAGUAAUCAUGUCGGGUUUUGCCGAACAACCAAAAGCGUCGGUGCUACAUAUGACUUCCCUUUUUCAUACAUUUAUUUUAUGUCAGCUUUGGACUAUAUAUCUCGAACAAAGUUUAAAUCAGCAUAUACCGAUAACAGAUGCUUACAAUGUGACGAUGAACGUUUUAUUUGAUUUUUGGGGAAAAGUGACGCCCUGCAUACUGCAGCUUGUACAACAAUCUAGCAAAUUCAGCGAAAUUGUGAGUUUACAUUUUCUAAGUAUGUUGGAAGCACUUAUCGAAUGCCAAUCGACGUUCGUUUCAAAAUUGCUUCCCCUUUGGACCCCCGUACUUUCGUCUAAUCACAUCCAGUUACCUGGUCACCUGCAAGUCAGACUGCAGAACUGCCGGAAUUUUCCUCCCGUAAUAUUUCACGAUAUAUCGAACGACAAGGUGAAAAUUUGUUACUCAAAUAAUCCGCUACUACUCAAAUGGCUGCAAAGGUUGCAGUUCAAAAUGGGGCAGAUAGAAUUGCAGUCGUCGACGGCCACACAGUUUUAUUCAUUGUAGUUGAUAGCGAUAAGUAUGUCAUAUACAGGGUGCUUAUAUACUUACCAUUCGCAUUUUGUAGGUUUUUUUUUGUUAUCCAUAAGUACUAACUAAUGAAUUGUUAUGAUUUUUAUAUGAAUGAAGUGGGGCGUCCUUUGUCAUAUUAUAUCCCGUUUAGAAUUGCAUGCAAGUUAUGAAUCCAAUAAACCGCCUGUACAGCAACCAGGCACCUUGUACAUUUUAAAAAAACUAGGAUAGGGUAUUAUCAUAUGUGAAAUUUUUUAUAUAAGAG